UAUGAUAUAUUUCAUAGUAUUUAUUAUAAAAGUUAUGAUCUAAAUAAUUGUAUCAAUUUAUAUACGGCUGCGAAAGAUAGUUUGGAUUUAGUUCAACGUUUUCGUUUACAAAAAAGUUUAAACGUACAUCGUGGUUGUGUUAAUUCGUUAUGUUGGAAUGAACGCGGUAAUUUACUACUAUCCGGUUCAGACGAUCAACAUUUAGUCAUAUCAGAUCCAUUUUAUGGUAAACUACAAACUUCAUAUCGUACAAGUCAUCGAGCUAAUAUAUUUAGUGCAAAAUUUAUGCCAAAUUGUUGUGAUUCCCAAAUAGUAUCAUGUUCCGGAGAUGGUGUUAUACUGUACACAGAUUUAAAUAAACCGGAUGAAACGCUAUAUAAUAAAUUUUUAUGCCAUAAUGGUACUACAUACGAUAUAGUCACGAUUCCAAACGAUCCGAAUAGUUUUAUUAGUUGUGGCGAAGAUGGAACAGUACGUUUUUUUGAUUUACGUGUUAAACGACAAUGUAAUAAACUACGUUGUACCGACGAUGUAUUAAUGACAUAUCGACGUGCGGUUACAGCACUAUGUAUCAAUGAAAACGUAUCGUAUGAAUUAGCGAUUGGAUGCUCGGAUGGUAAAGUUCGAACGUUCGAUCGACGUACUUUAAGUACAUCGAAAAGCAAUAUGGAAAAUCAAGGUUUAUUAAAACCAAUUGCUUGUUUUAUGGCACCGUGCUUAGAUCAACAAUAUUAUCGAAUUACGAGUGUUUGUUACAGUCCUGAUGGUGAAGAUCUUUUAGUUAGUUAUUCGUCGGAUUAUAUUUACCUUUUCGGUGUAAAGGAUCCAUCUGCGAAGAAAUUAUGCACAUUAGACAAUAAAAAUUCAAAUUCAAACAAAGAUAAUGGAAAUGGAGGUGAAAGACGAGUCAGAAAACUUCGUUUACGUGGUGAUUGGUCUGAUACCGGACCAGAUGCUCGCCCUGAACGAGAAGCAAUUAAUGUAAAUAAUGGUAUUGGUCAAGCUCGACCUCAGCUUCAAGCAACUUUAAUGCAACGAAUGACUGAUGUUUUAACACGUAUGCUAAAUGAUCCUCAUACACGAGCAGCACUUAAUGGACGCUCAACAAAUGCUCGACGGCAAAAUGCCACAGCUCAAGCAACUAAUAAUAAUCCCACCGAAUCAGGUGAUACUCAAACAGUUGAAAGUUCUCCAAUACAGGAAAAUUCAACAGCUCAAUCUGUUCCUAAUGACGAGACUGUGCCAUCUACUAGCGGUACCGCAAAUCGAUUAUCUACUCUAUCAAUUGGUGGCGAACCCGAAGUGCCCGUAACAGCUAAUCGUCAUGAUGUGAGUGUGGAUACAUUUGAAGAAGGGGAAGAAGCGUCUGAUUUUAAUGAUAUGGCAGAAAGUGAGCCUGUUGUGUACAAUUUUGAUGAAAUUAGUGGUUUUGCAAAUCAAUCUAGUCGAAAUACAAUCGAGAACGAAACAUUUUUAGAUGAACAAGACACGAUUAUGCCAAAAGUUAAACGAAAAUAUACAGGCCAUAGAAAUGCUAGAACCAUGAUAAAAGAGGUCAGUUUUUAUGGAAACCAAUAUGUGAUGUCCGGUUCAGAUUGUGGGCAUAUAUUUGUGUGGGAUAGAUUUACUGGAGAAAUAGUGAUGUUAUUACAAGGUGAUCAACACGUUGUCAAUUGUAUUCAACCACAUCCAAUCUAUCCAAUUCUUGCAACAUCCGGUAUUGAUUACGAUGUAAAAAUUUGGUCUCCAAAUGGAGAAGAAACCGAUUUUAAUUUGGAUUUAGUGAAAGAGCUAACUGAUCGCAACGAAGUAAUGUUGGAGGAAACACGUGAUACAAUAACAGUACCGGCUGCCUUUAUGAUACGCAUGUUAGCCUGUUUAAAUGAAAUACGUCGAAGUGGUCCACGUAAUCAACGAACACCACGUAAUCAGGAAGCUGCUGAUAAUUCAAAUUAAUAAACAAUUCUAGUCAAAUUUUUUUGUU